UAUAUUGCAGCAUUUGAUGGUGCGAGCAUCGACGUUACUACUGCCAAUGCCGAUGUAAUGAAGAAUUUGCUGGCUGAAAGCACGACGAUGGGCACAAAAACAAUCUUCAACAUCGAACAAGAGAAGGCGCUGAUAAGCUACAUUCUCCAGACCAGCGACAUCAACUAUGGAAUUAGUUUGAUGGAGCUUCGUAAGCUCGCGUAUGAAUUUGCUCGGAAAGUUGGCGCGUCGUAUCCGGAUCCAUGGAACGACAAUCAACAGGCGAGUAAGGAUUGGCAGUUGGCGUUCAUGAAACGCCACAAAAAUUUGUCACUGCGAAAACCAGAGCAAGUAAGCCAGAAUGUCGAUGCAUUCUUUGCCAACCUUUCAUCCGUUCGCGGUAAGAUGCCGUUUGAACCUCACCGAAUAUGGAACAUGGAUGAAACCGGGUGCCCGACCGUGCCAACCAGACCUGUCAAAACCAUCGCGCGCAAAGGACAAAAGCAGGUCGGCUCAUCAACAUCAGCCGAAAAAGGCACCAAUGUGUCUUUGGCUUUGGCCGUCAGCGCUAGUGGCCAGUCUAUACCGCCAUUCUUCCUCUUUCCCCGAGUCAACAUGAAAGAGAUUUUUAUGCCUCAUGCGAGUCAUGGCGCUGUUGGUGUUGCGAACGGUUCCGGUUACAUGAACUCUGACGUAUUCCCUCAAUUCAUGCGUCAUUUCAUAAAGCACACCGGUGCUAAUGCCGAUUCGCCAACCAUGUUGCUGCUGGACAACCACGGUUCGCAUUUAUCGAUCGAGGCGAUAGAUUUGGCGUUGGAUCAUGGCAUCACGUUGCUGUCUUUUCCGCCGAAAUGCACGCACAAAAUGCAGCCGCUAGAUGUUGCGGUAUUUGCACCAUGA